AUGGAACACCGCGUUGGCGCCGUCGUGACAAGGCUCUGUCUGGCCCACCGUUGGUCAGCCGGCUGGUGGUGGAACGUCGCAUCGGCAUCGUCGAGACCAGGCUCCACCUGGUACGCCGUGGAUCAGCCGGUGGGAUGGAUAUCCGAAUUGGCACCGUCGACACGCGCCCAUCUGGUGCACCGUAGGAGACCGCAGGCUUGCGGCAAUGCCGUAAGCCACUGGCAAAUUCGAGUCGUUCUUCCACUGCCAAAAAACUCGUGGCCCACAGUGGAGUUCGGCAGCGCCGGCACAUCAAGCAGCCCUAUUCAGGGUCAGGGCACUGCUUCCUUCGGGGCGGGCCUGGAAAAGCUGGCCUAA